UGAUUGUUCAAACAGAGGCCGGAGUGUGAGGGUUCCCUCCAUCUUUACCGGGAAAACAAACCGCUCGUUUCUGUUAGUUAUCCCAUUCUCUCUCUCCCUCAGCACAAAACACCAAGCCCCAAAUUCUUGAACAAAAAACAAGAAUUCAAUCAUUAUUAUCCCUACUGUUAUGGAUAAAAAAGAGAAGGCGAAAGAGAGAAGAGAGAAGCGGCGCCAAGAGAUCUCUCUCCUCCGCACCAUUCCCUAUUCCGAUCACCAAAGAUGGUGGACCUCCGAGACUAUUGCAGUGGUAACUGGUGCAAAUCGAGGAAUUGGAUUUGAGAUUGUGCACCAACUUGCAUUGCAUGGAUUGACAGUUGUUCUCACAUCACGAGAUACUGGCGUUGGUGAAGAAGCAGCCAAGGUCUUACAAGAAGGAGGCUUGAAUGUGGUGUUUCAUCAACUAGACAUUGUGGAUCCUUCGUCAAUUGAAGCCUUCACAGAAUGGAUUAAAGAAAACUAUGGUGGUAUAGAUAUACUGAUAAACAAUGCUGGAGUGAACUAUAAUGCCGGAUCAGAAAAUUCUGUGGAAAAUGCUGAAAAAGUUAUUGCUACCAACUACUAUGGGACCAAAAAUAUGAUCAAAGCUAUGAUUCCUCUUAUGAGACCCUCAGAUGCAGGUGCUCGAAUCGUCAAUGUCAGUUCCAAACUGGGAAGAUUGAACGGAAGGCGAAAUAGAAUUGAAAAUGAUGAAGUGAGAAAAAAACUGGGAGAUGAUGAGGCACUAUCUGAGGAAGUAAUUGACCAAAUAAUGGAUACAUUCUUGGAACAAGUAAAAGAUGGCAGUUGGACUGAUGGUGGAUGGCCUCAAGUUUUCACAGAUUAUUCUUUGUCAAAGCUGGCAGUUAAUGCAUACACAAGGCUGAUGGCGAGGAUAUUCUCAGAAAGGCCAGAAGGUCAGAAGAUAUACAUCAAUUGCUACUGCCCAGGGUGGGUGAAGACUGCUAUGACUGGCUGGGCAGGACAUGUUAGCCCUGAGGAUGGGGCUGAUACUGCCGUGUGGCUUUCUUUGCUUCCAGAACAAUUUAUAACUGGCAAAUUUUUCUCUGAAAGGCGCGAGAUACAUUUCUAAAGCAGAGAUUGGUGCUUUGUAUAAAUUACAUUGCAGUUGCAUUUUUCCAUCAAAAGAAUGGACAACAGGUGAAGGGACGCUGCUGCUAUAAAGUACUUUUACCUUCUAUCUUAGGGGAUUGGCUGCUUAAAUAUGGUCUGUUGGAAGUGGAUAUAGAUAGGAAAAAUACUUGUGCUGACUGAUUUUUUCUCGAGACGAGUUCACAAAGGAUGCUAGAACAGAACAAUGCCGUUUCUCUGCAUCACAUUGCCGGGGCUCACUGUAAGGAAUCUAGUUUUGUUUGCUUCAGUAACCACAGAGCAGUGAGAUUUAAUCAGAAUUAUUUCAUUUGUUGUUUUUGAGACUAAGGUUUGUUGUUGCAAGUUUUAAUGAAUUUGAUGGAAUGAAAUUCAUAUGAGUAUUCAUUAUGUAAAAUUUGCUUCCAUGAAUGUUGAGAACACAAGGUUCAGAUACAUGGUUUAGCAACAUAUUGAUCCAUAUGAAGAAGAUUAUAGUUUCAUGGA